AUGGAUCAGAUGUUAGAGAGGCUUGCUGGAAAGGCCUACUAUUGUUUUCUGGAUGGGUAUUCCGGGUAUAAUCAGAAUGUUGUAGACCCAGCGGAUCAAGAGAAUACAGCUUUCACAUGCCCAUUUGGG